UUUAAUAAGUAAAUUUAAAGUUAUUUAUUAAAAGCUUAAUCGACGCUCAUAAAUGAUAUCGAUGUAUCGAUAAUAAAAUCGAUUUUGUUUCCAGCUCUAAACCACAGAAAUAAAGCGUAAUAUUUUCUAAACACGGAAUUUAUAAAGCACCGGCGGCCAUGAACGAAUCGGUACGCUAUGACCGAUGCCAAGUGGUGCAAUUGGACGUCCUGGGCGAGUCGCAGGUGUCCUCUUCCGCGGAGGAGGAGCAGCCGGCCCAACCACUCCAGCCCCAAGGAAUUGGCAACACCCUUUUUACGCACGACGGAGUCCUUCUGAAGAAGGCUAGUGCGGAGCACAUUUCGGACCUAAACACCAGUGGAGCCUUGAGCUUAGUGGAGUACUCCUUACCACGAAGAAGAUUGUUCCUCGAAUGGCAGCCAAACGAUUCAAUUAUAAUAGCAGACAAUAGUCAGGAUCAGGGCGACUGGGCGCUGGUGGACAGGAUAUCCGGCCGAACUCGCACAACCUCCGAAUGUCGAGCAUUCAAUACGAAACCCAUCGAACCUAGUGGCGGGGGCACAGCCCGCUCCCGUAUAAUGCGCACCCCACUUGAAGAUCUGGCCUCUGUGGAGGUUCGCCACCGCGGUCAGACAUUACGAUUUAUGCGCAAAGGAGCCGGUGGUCUACACUGCGAGUUCUUCUUCCAGCACGGCAAUGCGGAGCUCUUCGUUCGCGCCAUGCGCGACCAGCACUUCAUUGAAAGUUCGGAAAGUAAUCGAGGCGGCGAGGAGUACACCUUCCUGACCAACGAGAACCAGAAACUGAAGAAGACGUUUGCCGAAUUGGAUAUUGGAGAGAUCAAGUCCAGUCCAUCCUCACGAGAAAGCUGGUUGCCCAACAAGCUGGCUGGAUUUUUGGGUAACAUCCCUGACUAUGUUCAGCCGCCGUUCCAGCGAUCGCCCAAAUCCAGGCCGGGGGCUCUGAUUUCUGGGGAUCGACAAACCUCGCCAGAUAACUACCAAAUAAUUGGGCUGAGCGGCAGCACUAACAGCGCUUGCUCUUCAAACGGCCAGAGUCGCGGUGGCAGUGCGGAUAAAUCCCCAGGGGAUAGCGAACUGGAGAACCUGAAUUCCCAGGACGAGAAAAUAGUUAACAACUUGCCCGAUCGUCAAAGGGUGGAGCGAGGUCUUCCUCUAACGGAAACACAGUGGCUGGAGUUCCAAACGCCAGACGGACGUAUCUCUGACAGUGACCGCAUCAAGGAGCUCGUUUUUCGUGGUGGCAUCGUGCACAGCCUGCGGUCCGAGGUGUGGAAGUACCUGCUCAAUUACUAUAAGUGGUCCGAUACCCAUGUGGAGCGGAUUGAACGACGUAAGCAAAAGUCCAUCGAAUAUUACAACAUGAAGGCCCAGUGGCUAGCCAUGACAACUGCCCAGGAAUCUAACUUUAGUGGUUACCGGGAGCGCAAGUGCCAAAUCGAAAAGGAUGUAAAGCGUACGGAUCGCUCGCUACCAUUCUUUGCCGGAGAGGAUAAUCCGAAUAUCGCCCUGCUUCAAGGCAUCCUUAUGACCUACGUGAUGUACAACUUCGACCUCGGCUAUGUCCAGGGCAUGUCGGAUCUGUUAGCUCCGAUAUUGGAGAUUCAAGUCAACGAGGUGGAUGCCUUCUGGUGCUUCGUGGGCUUCAUGGAACUGGUGUUCACAAACUUCGACAUGGACCAAGCAGGAAUGAAGACACAGUUCGCCCAGCUGCGUCGCUUGAUUGAGUUCGCCAAUGCUCCUUUGUUCAACUACAUGCGUUCCCACGACUCUGAUAAUAUGUACUUCUGUUUCCGAUGGCUCCUGGUCUGGUACAAACGGGAGCUAGACAACGACGACGUUUUGAAGGUGUGGGAGUGCCUGUGGACCCGCCUUCCGUGCCCCAACUUCCACCUGCUGUUCUCUGUGGCCAUUCUAGACCAAGAGACCAGUAUAAUAAUCGAAAGCCAGUUUGAGUUCACUGAGAUUUUGAAGCACGUUAACGAGCUGUCUGGAAAUAUAGACGUGCAAAAGACUCUGGAGAUUGCCGAAGCUAUUUACCUGCAACUUAAGGCUUCGGAAACGCUGCCAAACGAUAUACGAUCCAUUAUAGGAGAGCCACUACUACCCGCAGCUGCUGGUGAGGAAGUCGACGGUGUCCUGGAGGACGAGGAACAGGCUUACUCAGACGACGGCUUCGACGAGCUGGUGAAGGAACUCACUCCCGAGGAAAAGCAACGGCAGCAAGCUCUUCUCGAGGAAGCUUGUGAGCGAUCGUUAUUCAUGCAGUUCCUCUAAAGUAUAUAUUCACAUGGAAUAGUGGAGGAAAGCAAGCCAAAAGCCCUUAGCAAAGCAUGCGCAAACUACACUGCCCUUUAAGGAUUUUAUUAAUAACAAAAAAGGACAAUUAGAGAUUCUACCAAAAACAAUUGGGAUUUAAUUUAAUAGAAGGAGGAUUCUUUAAAGUUAACAAUUAUUGAAAUAUUUAAAAUCCUUUUCUGUUUCAAACAAAAAAAGGUACAACUAAAAGCAUUAGUCUAAUGUAAGACCUCUGAUUGUCCUUGUAAAAUUAUAUGGGCAGUGUUUUCUUAGACUCUAAGACUCAAAGUUUACUAACGCAUCGAUGCGAAGCGAGUUAAGUGCUUUAACUGCAGAUUUAUAUAUUGUAUAUUAUACAUAUUUGUACGUUUUUGUAUUUAUUGUAAGUUCUGUCUCCCCUAAAAUACCCCAUUCCCGCAUAUCAACCCCAUUCAUAUUCCUUAUCAUACCAAAACAAAGUUUCCAAUUAAUUAGGAUUUAACUAUCGUGCCUGUUCGGAAUUCGGAAUAUUCAAGGUACCCCUCCAUUUUUUUUGGUUUUCUCAAAUUCCACACGCACAGCACUUGUUGUCUUUUUCUAAGUUUCUAAGUACUCAAUUACUGUGAAUAUACAUCGAUAUACAAGUUCAUUAAAAAUGCGUAGUAAAAAAUAUCUAAAUACAACAUCAGAAUGCACACGAAA